AUGGGUAGUAAUACUAAAAAAAAUCAUGUUGCAGUCGUUGUUUUAGGCGAUAUUGGUAGAUCACCAAGAAUGCAAUAUCAUUCAAUGUCAUUAUCGAAAUUACCAAAUACACACGUAACUUUGAUCGGUUAUAGAGAGAGCGAACCACAUCCACAAAUUUUAAAUAAUGAAAAUAUAACAAUCGAAUCAUUAAGACCAUUUCCAAUCUCACUAUCAACUUCAGCACGUAAAAAAGCACCACUACUUAUGCUACUUUGGCCAUUUAUUGCAAUUUAUAAAGUACUAUUCCAAAUUUUUCAAUUACUUUCAGUAUUAUUAACUAGAGUACCUACUCCUUUAAACACAAUUUUAGUUCAAAGUCCACCAGCCAUACCAACUAUCUUUGUCAUGCAAAUGGUGUGCAUGAUUAGAGGCACUCGUUUGGUAAUUGAUUGGCACAAUCUCGGCUACACUCUACUCCAACUAUCUUUAAAUAAACCAUCAUCUCAUCCAAUCAUCAGAAUAGCAACUUUUAUUGAAAGAUUUUUCGCAAAGAAUGCAUAUGCCCAUUUAUUUGUAACCAAAGAAAUGAAAAACCAAUUGGUUAGAGAUUGGGACUUAAAAGGUAAAACCUAUGUAUUCCACGAUAAAGCCUCACCAAUUUUCAAACAUUUAAAUAAUAAAGAUCAAAUCGAAUUUUUAAAAAUAUUUAUCGAAAAAUACAAGAUUUAUGACCAAGAUAAAAAGUUUAUUGAAAAUGUUAUUGAAAAGAGAAGAUCAAAUAAAAAAGAAAAGAACACAUCAAUUAUUAUAUCCUCAACAUCAUGGACCCCAGAUGAAGAUUUUUCAAUUCUUUUAGACGCAAUCGUAAAAUAUGAUUUAGAGCAUGUUGUAAAAUCAAAGAAUAACAAUGCCGAUGACUUAUUAUUUAUUAUCACUGGUAAGGGACCACAAAAGCAAAUGUAUGAAAAGAAAAUUUCCGAAUUGUUAUUAAAGAAAUCAAGAGUCAUCACAGUUUGGUUAGAUUCCGAAGACUAUCCAAAAUUAUUAGCAUGCUGCGACAUGGGUAUAUCAUUGCAUAAUAGUAGCAGUGGUAUAGACUUACCAAUGAAGGUAGUAGAUAUGUUUGGCUGCUGUUUACCAGUAUUAGCAGUCGACUUUAAAUGUAUUGGCGAAUUAGUUAAACCCAACUACAAUGGUUUCCUCUUUAAAAACUCUGAAGGCCUCUAUCAUUUACUCAACAAGAUUUUCGACCAUAAUAGAAGCGAUGAAAACGAUGACAAUGAAGAUGGUGACCAAAUGAUAUCAAGAUUGAGAAAGAACCUAAUCAAAGAUAGGGAAAAUGACACAUGGGAUAACAAUUGGUUAACAAUCAAACACUUAUUUUUACCAUUAUCACAACAACAAUCCUCAUCAUCAUCAAAAAAUAAAAACGAAUAAACGAAUAAUAUAAUCUGCUCUCACAAUUACAUAUACACACAAUAAUUACAUUUAAUAAAUAAUAAAUUAUGAA